UGUGGAGAGUUUGUGUUCUUACUGGAUCGAUCUGGAAGUAUGGAAUCAAGUAUGGACAACACUGCUAGUCAGGAUCGCAUCAGCAGUGCCAAGGACACUCUGUUGCUCCUUUUGAAGAGCUUACCAAUGGGCUGUUAUUUUAACAUCUACAGUUUCGGGUCCAGCUAUGAACACAUCUUCCCUAAAAGUGUGGCGUACAGUGAGAAGACCAUGGAGGAGGCUUUGAAGAAAGUUGAAGUGAUGGACGCUGACCUAGGAGGAACAGAGAUCCUUGAGCCCCUCAAACACAUUUACAGCCAGCCCUCCAUACCCAAUCAACCUAGACAACUAUUUGUCUUUACUGACGGAGAGGUGGGGAACACCAAAGAAGUCAUCAAUCUGGUGAAGCAGAAUUCAGGUUCUCACAGGUGCUUCUCUUUUGGGAUUGGUCAAGGGGCCAGCUCUGCUCUUAUCAAUGGGUUGGCGAAGGAAGGAAGAGGUCACGCUCAGUUCAUCACAGGAAAAGAGAGGAUGCAACCCAAAGUGAUGCAAUUGCUGCGAUUCGCUCUGCAACCAGCUGUGGUGGACAUCUCAGUUGACUGGGAUGUGCCAAAGGAAGUCUCUGUCACUGUCCUCUCUCCACCAAUCACAGCACUUUUCCAUGGUCAAAGGUCACUGAUUUAUGCCCAGCUCACAGGACAGAGUUCAGAGGCAGCAGAUGGCCUUGUGACAGUGAAGUACAGCCUGGCAGGUCAUCUCUCUCAGAACCAGCUCCACUUCAGUCUCAAACCUGCAGAGGACACUGGAUUAACAGUCCACAGGUUGGCUGCUCGGACUGUGAUUCGCUCCCUGGAGUUGGAGGAGAGAGAGCACAGAGGAGAGCGAGAUAAAGAAGUGAAGAAGAAAGUUGUGGAUCUCAGUGUUCAAUCAGGAGUGAGCAGUGUCUUCACUGCCUUCAUCGCUGUCAAUAAAAGCUCUGGCCAAGCAAUUCAUGGACCUCUGGUGCACAGAAAUAUUCCAACGCCAAGUGAGUGUUUUUUUAUAAUAAGUUAUGAAGCAGGGAAGCUCUACACCUCAACCACAUUAUGCAUGUUGUAUGUUUGAGACUAUGGCUUUUUCCCGGCUCAGUAUGUUAUAACAUUUCUUAUAGACAUGUCUAGUCUGGUGGACAAACGAAACACCUUAUGUAUCUGAGCACAUCGUGCCUUCUUCUUCGUUUAAUCUGACAAAGUUUAUAACUAUGAUGAAUCAUAUUUUUUUUGGCAACAGCAACAUG